GUGGGCGUAACGGGAUCCCUCUCGUCAAAGGAAGAGUCCACAAACAUUACUACAAUUACAAGGUCCACCGGCCUUCGCUGUGUUGGUCCACACAUAUAUAUAGAGCAGAAAGUUAAGGUGUUGUUGGCGUCGCUUCAGUUUUCAAAGUGUGACACUUCCAAGAACCAAAAAAGACGCCAAGUCGUCCGUUCCAGUGGUAGUAAUGGAUGCACUGAAUCCUUCUUCUUCCGGCGCUUCUCUGUUCCUCGCCAAUCUUCCCUCUCGCGGCCUCUUCUCUUCCACCGUCGUUUCGUCCAAUCCGGGUGGGAUGCGGGUCUACGUAUGCGAUCAUGAUACCUCACCACCAGAAGGUCAACAUAUUAAGACAAACCAACAAAACAUACUGAUUAGAUCACUCACCCUCAAGAAACAAAGGGGUGAUUCCAGCUCAAAGGAUGGAUCUGAUGGUUCAAGAAAGAGGAAUGCUGAAAAGGGUUUGGAAAGAGCAUCAGCCAAGAAAACAAAUAACCAAAUAAAUUCCAGACAAGAGGGAUCAAACAGUCAAACAACCACUAGGGACUUCCACAACCUGACUGUAGAGAGGCUUCGUGCUCUUUUGAAAUCUAAAGGUCUUUCAACCAAAGGAAAGAAGGAGGAGCUUAUUACUCGUCUAAAAGAUGCAACUGGUUAAGCGUAGCAUGGUGGAAGGAAUACUCUGUUCAUUAAGCAUCCAAAUGUAAGAGUAGCUAGUGUUUAAUGUAACUUAGGAUCUGGAACUCUAAUAUAUAUAAACCCAGUGCAAAUUACAGUUACAGUUGAAUAUUAUCGUUUUGGUGCUACUGUUUCAUGACAAUCAGCAUUAAUUAUGUUUUUUGGUGCGUGAAUUAUAGAGGGCAACGGUGGCUUUCAAGUAAUAUUUACGAUCCACAGUUGCAUAUUUUCCUUUUUCUAUCCCA